GCCAAGACCGAUCCACAGGCCCCAAUGAGCAGUUCCUUUUGUUACCGUUAUCGACCGAUGGCGUCUUGUUCCCCUUUUAAGCUUCCAGUUUUAUAAAUGGAAGCGUCUCGGAGCUGAACUACCCCAACACAGGCACGCAAACGAUGAUCGCUUCCGACGAUAUGCACGAGGGAUGUGAAGAACUUCACUUGUCUUCGUCGUACAUCAGAGAUGUCAAUUACAGCUGUGGCUCGUGUGGAUAUGAGCUGAACUUGAACUCCUGUAAUCGCAACACUUCCGCCAUUGAUGCUAGGUAUGAGAAAUCGAUAAAGCGAGGCAUAAUCUCCUUCUUCUCCGUGGACGAGAGCAGAUUCGCUAUGGUCGAACAACUUCGAUGGAUACCAUUCUUCAAUUCAAAGCGAUCCUGGGGAUUGUUUCGGCGAAGAAUCAAGCUUCUUUGUCGUAAGUGUGGAAGCCACAUUGGUUAUGCUCGCUCUUUGCCCUUUGAAUCCUGGGAUGGGAUCUCCGACUCUAGAGUCUAUGAUAUCAAAUUAAACGCUCUUCAACCUUCUUUCUAUCAAGAUACAGGGAACUUCAUUUGAGAUUCACAAACGGAGAGAGAGGGACGACUCUGAUCAGCACUUAUAACUAGCAACUUUUUGAAAGUGAGUUGAAACGCACCCAAAUUGUUUAUUUAUUAUGCGUAGAAUUAAGUGUAUCAUUGUCCUUUUAUCUAGCAUCUAGGAAAACGUUUGAUGUGAGAAUAUUUAGUUUUGUGCUGUAAUUUUCCUUCUUUUCAAGGAAACCAUUUGGUGUGCUAAAGUUUUGUAAGAAUGGAAAACAUAAUUUAUCCUUCUAUGAAUCAUAUUUUCAUUUCAA